GUCGUGGUGGUGCUUAUACUUGUCUGCUUGCUUGUCUGCUUGCUCACUGACUGGCUGGCUAGCUGGCUCAACAUUGUCCCUUGCCCCGUAGCGACAAUCUGCUCUGGAGACUUCUUCUUUCUUCCGACAGACAGUUUCGUCAACGCAGUGACACGGCCGAUGUGAUGAUAAUGAUCCAUACGGUCUCAACCAUCAUCAGUCACUGAGACACGGUCCACACCUAGAUACAUAUAUUUUUUUUCGUCUGGAUCUCCUCUGCCCAUCGUCUUCCUCCUACUUGGUACAAUAAUGAUCUAGCAGAUCAUCUGAAGUGGAUAUAAUCGCUUAGGAAAAGGGGCUGCAUAGCACCAUCGUCACCCAGCCGGGCCAUUCACACUGGGCCACGCACGGAUGGGAGCAUCAAGCUUUUUGAUUCUCCAUUGAAACAAACAUGGCGACCAUGGCCAUGCCUCCACACGAUCCCAUCAUGUCGCAAACACACGCUCUAUCACCUCCUUCUCCACACUUGGAUGACAAUGGAUCAGGCAUGCUGGGUACUUCCUUGACUUUCCCAUCACUGCAUUUGGGAUCGUUUGACUCGAGAUCACCCAACGACUUUGCUUCGUCCACUCCCUUACCUAGACCGCCCAAUUCUAUGGGUCCGCCAGGCAGUCCUGGCAUAGGAGAAGAGGGAAGACAGUACAAUCACUCGUGGUCACCGUCAUCGAACCGUUCUCCACCGCCUGGCUCCCGUUCUAUGGCUCUGGGUGGUUCUAGAGAUCGUUUGGAAUCAUCAUCAUCGUCGUCAUCAUUAUCACCUACUCGCGCAUCACAGCCUCAGAGUUACAGUCCCACACCCUCAUCAUCUCGACUUCCAUUACCUCCUCAACUCUCCCCUCUUAAUCUCAACACCAAUACCAAUCCUUACUCCAACCUUCCGAACGGCUCAUCAACGCGUCCCCUUUCACCUCUGAGGUCUCGAGCAGACUCUGGACCUUCAAAUAGUGCGACUAGGCCAUUUACAGCACCGAGCCUGUCCUCUGCCCCGUUACGAGUUCCUGGUCAAAACGGAUCGAACACAGCCAAAGAAUCAUUGACGGUUCAUAUACCAACCGGAGCAUUCCCGUACAAUGGACCUGAUCGCGAGUACGGGCUCAGACACUCGCCAGGCGUCGGAAGGAGACGGACCAUCGUUCAGGGUUCUGCUACACUGUCUCAGCCUUCAGAGGCCUCGUAUGAAGAGAGCAUGCCGGAGCCACUCCCAAUCGGUAGUCUCUCCCUUGGAUCGCCCUCCAAUGCCCAUCGAAAGUCGCCUUCCCCACCGAGGGUCGAGCGCGGUUCCCUGAUCAUGCCAAUCGCGAAGCCGACGCCUGCUUCCCUCAUGACCGGGAACAAUGCGGCUGCAGAUACGAUACCGGACACACCGAGUCGGCGGUUGGAGAAGCGUACUUCAGACAUGGAACUCCAGCGCGUGACCUCCGGAUCCCCAACCCCUAAGCGUUCCCUACCUAGACCGCCAGAACUGUCGAUCGGACAGCUGAGGGACGUGGUCCCGCGGGACUCGGAUCCGGUGGGUGACUCGACCAAUCGGACUCCUCUGCCAGUCGCCAUGUCCCCAUCGGCCACCGCUGCUGGCGUCAAGCCGCGUGCCCGAAUACAAUCAUCACCGAACAUACCCAUUGUAUCUGGUUUGGCCGAUGCAGGCCCAUACGCAGCGGCUGCGACCUCGUCAAAACCCGCGCCAAAACCUUCUCCUCAACGCGCAUCGAGGCAACCCAAAGAGGAAAUCUGUCUGGAGUGUAUGAUGCGAGAUCGAGAUUUGGCGGAUGUGGAUGUCGUCGGUCCAGGUGUCUGGGCCCGCGCGAGUGACGCGGACUUUGAAGAGCUCAAGGCAAGGGAGAACGCUCUGCUACAAUCUGUCGGGCCUUCGACAUCGUCGUCCGGAGAUCACUCUGCCAAUGGUCCUCUGGAGUCGGACGAUGACGAGAGUCUGCCUUCCACUGGCCAUUCGGUCAUUGACGAGGCUCGCAGACGGAAACGCAGGGAGGCAAAAAGCGCAAAGCGCAGAGAAGUGGAUGCUGUGGUCCGGAAGCUCGGAUGGAGAGGUUUCAGAUGGGAGGAAAGGGGAGAGGGAUUCCCGGAAGGCUUCCGCGGCACUAAGGGUGCACCGUUGUCUGAAUCAGGGAUCAAGGCUAUCAUGAUAAAAUUCCCAUCGUCAUCUGCACACCGAGCUGAAGCUCUGGACACCUAUCUGUAUCACCAGGCGAUCCUCGUCCGCGAGCUUCGGGCAGAGGCUCAAAAGCGAGGUGGAUAUCCUGAACCUGGGACCAAUCAAACGCCCGUCGUCGCGCCACGAUCCAGCUCCGUCGAAUGGGAAGCAAAACACGCUCGGGAACUCUCAGCUCAUAUGCGAGGCGCUUUCGAUGCCAAACUCGAUACCGUCAAGUCGAAGCUUCGUUCACCUCUUGACACACUGCAGGCUCCCAACAACGAGGUGUCAUCCAUGCGACCUUCGCCGUCCUCACCUGCUGAUCUAGCGGGCAUGGCGAGAGUCAACGUGCCAAAGGCGGUUGAGAGACCGGCGACUCAUUUCUACCCUGAACGUGAACCUCGUGCGAGAGGCAUGACGACGACCAGUACGAUCAGCGCCAUGACUGCACCACCUAAUUUGCGCGGAGCUGCGCAGCCACGAGCGGAUGAUAUGGAUGAAUUCUGGCCACCAACUUCCGAAGGUGGACUCAGACCAUUCUCGUUCGCGGUGCGUGCUGGUGCGGGUGGCGGGGGAAGUGUGAGCGGUAGCGACGGUCACGGCAGGAAGACCAUCUUUGGACGAUUUGGAGGGUCUGUCACAAGCCUGUUUGGUGGAUCCAAUCAUGGCAGUGGAAGCAUGAUGGAUAUGCACCUUGGUCUCGAUGCCGACAAGCAUCAGCCUGGCUAUUCGCGUGCUGCUUCGUUAGCCUCGCCGCCGCGCCAAUCUUUCUUCACGCGGUCCCGAGCUUCUUCUAUCAAUGAGCAGCAAGAGAGGAGGAUCCGACAAUCUGUUUCGACAUCCCGCCUAUCUCAGGCCAUUCAUCCGGAGGAUACAAAGGCGAAGGGCUUCCGCGGCCUGUUGAAGAAGAUGAGACCGAAGAAAGACAAGGAGGCCAUCCUCCAAGUUCAGACGCCUCAAAUUUACCAGGAAGGCUCUCUCGCACCUCCUCCUCGGAUGUCAUAUUUCGAUGCCGGAGAUCGUCAGCGCACCGGCUCGAAUGCAUCGAUGCUCACUGGCGACUCUGCGUCUGUGAUGGGUCGACAAGGCUUCCGAUCGGUGUCCGCACCGCAGGCUGGAAGCUCAAGCGGCGGUAGCCAAAGUGCUAGCCCCACGAGCUCGAGGUAUAAUCGUCGGGAGUCAUCGUAUAACCAACCUGGGUCAGCGGUUGAGCUCUUGUCGCCUGUCAAUGGGUCUAAAGGGGAUGCGACGCUGCGAUCCAGUGAUCGAAACACGACGUACAGACCGCACAACAAAACCGCUUCAUCAUUCUCCAACAGCUCUCUUGUCACUCCUCCGUUGACGAAUCCCAAUGGAUAUGGGCCCUUUUUCUCCGGUCACUCGACGCGGACUUCACCACAGAGUGUCCAUCGCUACCAACAGGGUCCGUCACAAAGUCAGUACCGGGAUACUUCACCAGACUUUGGACCGAUCGACUACUCGCGAAGUCCUCCUCGAGUCCCUUCUGGAGAAAUGUAUGCUCAGCCUGUCGGGACGGACUCGGUGGGAAGUUUCGGAAUGAGAGGAGGCGGACAACAAGGAGACUCCACGAUCAAUGGUUAUGCGCAGUCUUACCAUGUACGCGAUGCCUCACAAUAUGGUAUGCGGUAUUCUGGAGACAGCUACAAUGUUCGUGUCGGUAGUGGCGGCGCUGGAGGAUAUGCAGGUGGGAAUGGGGGAGACAGCGGGAGCAUCAUGUCGGGUGGAAGUAAUAACAAGACGAGAAAGGGGAGAGGGUUCAAAUUAUUCGGCAAGUCGAAUCGAUAGUCGGUGUGGAACUAGUUUAGGGGGAUAGACAAGGGGCAGGCAGGGGAUUUGGCAUGGAUCAGGACCAGGACUUUUGGUACUCAUGAGGUAAAGACGACAUAUACAAGAGAUUUGAUGAUCAUGAUACGGUUUGGACGAUCGGUGAACAUGGGAGGUGGGGGCGAUUGGUCUGGAGAUUAAGCUGUAGCAGGACUUUUCUUGGUGUAUGCACGGGUAUGAC